AUGCAUGAGACAGGAGCCAAUAAGGACCAGACUGCCUUGGGGCUCAGGAUUUGUUUGAGUGAAUACCUUCUUCAUAGCACUGCUCAGGAAGAACAACCCCAUGUGCCAACACCAGCUGUGGAAAAGUCAUUCAUGGCUCAAUUAUGGGGGAACUUUGAUGUUAACUACAUGAAGCCCUUCCUGACCCACAGUCGACCCACGCUUCUCGACACGGUGCCGGUCUGUUGUCUUCCUCUCGCCAGGGUCUUGACCAGCACGCGCCAACUGACCCAAGAAGAACAACCCCAUGUGCCAACACCAGCUGUGGAAAAGUCAUUCAUGGCUCAAUUAUGGGGGAACUUUGAUGUUAACUACAUGAAGCCCUUCCUGACCCACAGUCGACCCACGCUUCUCGACACGGUGCCGGUCUGUUGUCUUCCUCUCGCCAGGGUCUUGACCAGCACGCGCCAACUGACCCAAGAGGGAUGUGAAGCAGCCAAUGAUCCUGAUGAUGUUGAGAUGGGUGGUGUGUCCCUUAUAUCACGAAAAAGUACCAUCAACUCCAUCUCGCAGUUGGCAGCCAUGGCUCCGAUCAAACGAGCAACUCUUCGCCCCAUCGUCUACUAUGAGUUCCUCCAAGGACACUCUGCGAGAGCCGCCGCAGACAACAUCUGCGCUACAUUCAAGGGCAACGUCGUCCACUAUUCCACGCCUGAGGAGGAGAAUCCAGAGGUAGCAAUAGUGGAUCCUAGCUUGCUCGUGGACCUGGACUGUCCUUCGGCACGCCAGGUCAUCUAUUGACCCUACCUGCUUCUGUUGCAUGAGAAUAUCGGGGAGGGUCAUGGACCGGGGGGCGAGGGAUCGGCGGCAAGGGCGGAGCCGUCCCACCUGUGAUAAUCCUCACCUCCGUGAUAAUCGACUCCUCGAUGUAUCCACUUGCAUUCCCGUGUUGUCAGCAGAUGAUAGCAGAUCACUUAUUUACCCUCUUCCCCCAUCUUCCUCAUAUGAUUUAUGAUCGCUUGUGAUGUGUGACUUCUGUGUGCCAACUGCAAGGAGGCUUUCGCAGAGGUGAGAGAAACUCAGAAGGGGAAAAAAGAGGCGCAGGCUCCUCUCCCGCCACGAAGCCAGAGGGUUGAAAACCUGCACGCUCGAACUAACGCACAGCGCCACUUGUUACCAUGUUUUUAGGAUUUUAUCCAAUGUUCAAAUGCUGCCUGGAAAGUAUGCAGCGGUAUGAAAUGGCAUUAGACUUACAAAGGUGUUAUUAUUAAGUGAAUAUGGUUCAUCGGUCAAGCAGGAAACUUUACCGGUUGCUCUCAUGGCUUUUUUUAUUUCUCUCCCAUUUCGCCAAAUUGCCCAGCGCUUUUUUGUUGCUACUAAUUUUCCGGAGUCCUGAUUGAAGCUAUCCGAACCCCUUUCGAGGAUAUUUUACAACCUGGUGACAGAAUGCUCAUUUACCAGUGAAAUUUACCCAUACCUGUUCAAUUAUUGAUCCAACCUUUUCGUUAUUGUGAAUUUUUGUCAAUGUUAAACAAAUUCGCUGCACAUAUCUGUGUAUCGCUUUUUUUGUCUGUGAUUGCUGAAACUACCACGAGAUCUGCAUCGAAUCAGAUUGAACAGGUGACUUUGGCAAGCAUCCACUUGCAGGCAUUUUUUUGCGCACUUGCAACACAUCUCGUCGUCUCUGGAGUGACGCGUUUCAGAUAUUCAUGUGAGAUAUAUAUGAAUAAAGUAUACAAAACCG